AUGGAAGAUCAUCUUCAUCUAUAGGUUACCAUAUAAGAAUUUUAAUCAGACUCCAUAAUGUCUGAUCUAAUAGCAUUUCAAAUCAAAACAAAACAUACCACAAUAACUACAAAUUAGUAUGAGAUAUGUAAAGGUUUGAUACCUAUUAAUGAAACCCAUCUUAUUUCUUUAGAAAAUCGAUCUACAAAUUCUUACCAAAAUAAACUGGAGCUUCUGCUUUUGCUGAAUAAUGAGGUUGCAGGAAGAGUAGAUUGUAAUUUAACUUAAUUGCUUGAUUCAAAUCUCGAACUCAAGAAUUAUGGUGAUUUUCAAGUUGAGACAGAAGAGAAAGUGAUGCUAAAUGGCAAUUAGGUAUCGAAUUCAAGAGUGAAAUUAACACUAAAAGUCUUUCAUCAAACUGAACAACAUUCAUAGAGAACAACUAUUAAUGUUGCAACUUCUGAGUCUUAACGUGAACAAGAUCUAGUUUUAUUUUCAUUGAGAGAAGAACUAGAGCAAUGGAAAUCCAAAUAUACUAAUAUUGCUAAAGAAUUAAAUUAAUUAGGAGAUGAGCUAUUGUCUCUGCAGAUUAAAGAGAAAGGAGACCUCCAUUCAUACCUAUCUCCAGAGAUCAAUAUAUUUAGAAAGAUUAUAAAAUCAAAGUUGCAGUAUUUCUUAUAAAUAUAUGAUAAUUAAGUGGAUUAAACAUAUUUAUUAAAAAAAGAAUUAAAUUAUUACAGAUCCAAAUUAUGCCUGAAAUGUUCAGAACCUUAUUUUAAACACAGUUUCUAAAGUCUAGCUGAAAAAAUUAAAAACUUAACUUCAAUUUUAGACAAAAAACAAACAGAAUAAUUUUAAUUAAUCAAAUCUUUAGAAAUAGAAAAAUAAUCAUAGAAAUAGUUAUAAGAAAAUGUUAAAAUAUUGAAUCAAUAACAGUUACUGUUAAGAUAGACUUUAGCAAAAUCAAAGAAAUAAGUUGAAGAUUCACUUAAGCUUUAAACUUCAUAGGAAUUAUAAAUUUAAUAGUUGAAUAAAGAUGUCAUUUCUAAGACUUUAAUCAUACUUUAAUUAAAUAAACGUUGUCUUGAAUUAGAGUAACAAAAUUAUAGGAUGAACUCUGAUAUCGAGCAAAUUAUAUUCUUAUACAAAUAAUGGAGUAUGUCUAUAGUAAAAUCAAUUGAAAAAGAGUCCUCUGAAAAACAAUUAUUAGGAGACAUUUUAAAGUAAUUGAACAACUCAUUAAAGUUUCUUGCCUCAAAUGAUAACUUAAAUAAAGAUUCUAAUUCAGCAAAUGAAUAUCACAACAAAAUUGAAUAAUACAUUCAAGAUUAUCAUUUAUAAGUUACUCAACUAGAGUCACUACUAUAUCAGCAUAGAAUCAAAUGCCAUAACGAUAAUUUAACAUUGAAUUCUCUCAGAGCAGAUGAAUUUAAUGCAUUUCUUUUAAAUUUUCCCCUAGAAAAUGUAACUGAACAAAGUACCAAACAAUAUGAAUUAUCAAAAUAGAUGAACUCUUAAUCGGAAUUACAUAUCUUCAAUUUGAUUUAAUUGAAAGAUGUUGAAAUUACUAAACUAAAGCAAAAAAUAGCAGAUAUGCUAAAUAUUGCUUUAGAAUUAGGCAAUUCAGUGUUAGUCGAAUAGAUGCAACUCACCUUAAUGUGA